UUCUCCUGAAAUUAUCUGCGUGGCUUUUAGGACACAUGGUUUUAGUAGUAUGGGAGUGCCACUCCAACUGUGUGUUUAAAUUCUGAGUCCUCUCAAUGACCAUCCUCAUAUCAUCGAAAACGUGUUGUUUAAUAGAAAUGAGUCGACGGAAGGUGUAGUGAACUGAUACACCCCCUUUACAAGCAUUUCACUGACGAGAUUAUACUAUAUCACAGUUAUCGGAGUUUGCAGAAAAGGAUUCUGUAUGGGCCAUGGAAACUAUUCUGUUUGCAGAAGUGAAUAUAAAUAAGUUUUCACCAUUUGGAGGAAUAUCUUUCAUCAAGUUCCCACAUUUUAUCGAGAAAAAGAAGGCAAUUAUAAACGUUCAAAAUAAAGAUGAGUAUUGUUUCGCUUGGGCUGUGAUAUCUGCACUGAUGCCAGCUCACGAUCACGCAUCACAAACAUCUUCCUACCCGCACUUCUCUACAAUACUGAAUAUGAAAGAUGUAACUCCAAUAAUUCCUUUAAGAUCGGAUGAGCAAAAUGAAUUUGAUAUAGCUACAAUCUACAAUAUUUGUGAGAAACCAUUUUCAGGAGAAGAUAUAAAAGUCCGCGAUCAUUGUCACAUAACGGGUAAAGCGUUAUUAGAGAGUUUGAAUGAUGAGGAUUUCAUUGAGACUAAAAAGUACUUUACUGAUCCAAGGGUGCUUAAUAUGAUGAGACAGAAAGGCGUCUUUCCAUACAGUUAUCUUGAUACUUCGAAGAAGUUGGAGCAGGAAAUUCUUCCAUCCAAAAGAAAUUUUGAAUGGAUGAAUGAAGGGAAAAUUUCCGCAUUUGAAUUAGGAAAUGUGGAAGAACAUGGCGAAGACGGGUAUGUCUUAGAAGUUUAUGUGCAGUAUCUCGAAAGCUUACACGAUUCCCAUAGCGACCUUCCGUUUUUGGUAGAAAGUAUGAUCCCACCUAAUGCUAAGUCGAAAAUUCCUAAAUUAAUACCAAACUUAUACAUACGAUAA